CGGGCCCGUUACCGCCCGGCGCCGGAGACGCAGAGGGCCGGGGAAGGCAGCACCGUCCCUGCGCCCCAGCUGAGCCGGGAGCGCUCCGGGCGCGGGAUGCGGCGGGCGCGGGGCGCUGGGCGGCGGGCGCGGGGCGGCGGCGGCCCCGGGCGGCUCUCCCACUAGGGGUAGCUGUUGCCUGAACGCCGGAGCGCUCCCCUCUUGCCGCUCGUCUCGCCCGGCGCAAACCCGGCCGCCGGGCGCACCCGUCCCGUGCGUCCCCGGACGUUGCUCUCUGCCCCGGGAACGUCGAGACUGGAGCGCCCGCGCUGAGCCACCUUCGCUGACCCGGAGCGCUGCGGCUCGACUCACCGCGGAGGCGCCGGGACGCGGGAAGUGCGUACUCUCAACGGGGAAUGUGUGUGGAGGCUUUUAGGGUGCGGGGCAACUCCCCAACUCCGUGGGGCCGGGGUCGGCCCUGCCGCCGUGUCCGAGAUCUGCUGAUGACUCGCUGCGCGCGGCGCGGGGUCGGCGACUUGGGGCGGCGGGGCGGGGAGUACCUUGACCUGGGGUCCCCGAAGCCGGGAGCCAGGCCCGCCGAGCCUCGGCCCGCCUUGCCCCCCGGGGCGAGGCCUGGACUCGGUCGCGAGCGAUUUGGACCCCUGGGGAGUCGAGCCUCCCGGGACGCCCUCGCGGUCGCGGGGACUCGUCUGGGGCGGCGGUGGCUGAGCCCGAGUCCGGCGCCACUGCCGCCUGCGUCCCGUGCGCCACCCGCCCCGGGCACCGGCCGCCUAACUUCUUCCCGGGACGGAGACAGCGCUCGCGCCCCGGGCGGAGGUGGGAGCUCGCUGGGCCGUAUCCGGCGAGGGCACCGCUCUCGGCGGCGGCGGCGAGGACACAAGUCCGGAGGAGUCAACCUCGGGGCAAGGAGCCCCCAACCUAGGACUCACCGGGCCCCAGCGGGCGCGGGGGGAGAUGCCCAUCUUGGGCAGAGGUCCUCUCCUCCGGUUUUCGCGGCCUUGGCGGGACCCUCUGACCCGCGAGCUCCCACCUGGGACCGUGGCUCCAGCAGGUCAAGACCCGAGUGGAAGGAAGGCCGGGGCGUGAAGGUAGACCCUUUGCUCUUUCCUCCAGCCAGGCAAUUUCUCCGCUGCCUGGGGUGGCGGCGUUGGGGGCUGCUCAGCCGGGGAACUUCCCACCAGAGGAAAGGCAGCCUCCUCCCCGCUCUUCUCAGUGGCCCCGCACCGCCCCUCACCACCGUGGGGCUGUCAGCUGUGCCGGUGGAUGUGCUUCUGUUUCUUGGGCUGGCAGGCUACACCUCACACCUUGGGAUUCCAGGACAUCGGACAAGGUGCUCAGGACCAUCUGGCUCCCACAGACGCUAGUGCAGCCGCGUCCUCAGCCCGGGCAUGUUUCACCACUGGUUUCUGUGUCGGCUGCUACUCAGGCCCUGCUGGGAUCCUCCGCAGUGACUAACCUGCACCCAGCACCCGGGAGGAGCCCAAUAAACCUUUGUGAAAUGAGUACCUGCAUGCAGCGUGGGCUAAUUGAAAACUCGUUUCAGGCGAACUUCAAGAUAUUUUAUCCUGCCCUUUUGCGCGCUGGCAGGCAGCUGUGAGCGAGACCUCCCCUCUGACCCGACCUCUCUGGACUCCAGCUUGGCUCGGAUGAAGGGUGGACGCCCUGCAGGUCUCAGUUUCCUCGCCUGAGAGGUGAGCCUGACGUUGCGGCUGUGCUGUAUUCACGGUACCGACGCCGGGCGGGGCCCGCUGUGCACGUGUGUGCGUGUGUGUCUGUUUCCACCCGGCCUUGUUCUGAAGUGCACUUUAAGCCUCUUGCAGGAAGCCGUGGAACAGCCCGGGUGCCACAGGUGAGAAGAAAACGUGCAAACAAGAGGAAAGACCCACUCCCCACUGGGGACGCAGUGCAGCCUCAGCUCCCUCCACACGGGCCAUGGACCCACCACAGACUGUGCCUUGAAUAUCCUGGUGGUUGAACCCAAUUGGCUAUGACUCCCAGUGUCCAGAAGACAAAAGCGACGGUCCAGCUGCCCGAAAUGUGCGCCUGUGGGUGUGGCCGUGCUGGUCGGCAUCCCGGCAAUACAGCUUCGGAGGUGAGCCAGCCUGGGUCUCUGAAUCCGGGGAUCACCGUGGUGCAGACACCCCAGGGCUGUGUGCAAAUUAAACGCCAUGAGGCCCGUGGCUGCCAGCGUGGAGGAGCUCAGAGCAGACGGGGACCCUUGCCCGGCAUUGCUGAGGGCUCAGAGACAGCCAGUGAAGUGGCGAGGGUAGCAGUGUGCUCCCCGGGGAUGGCUCGCCACAGACCCGGCUGUCUCGUGGUGAGAGUGCCCUCCUGAACUGUGUUGGGGCCCCGCCCCCUGCCCCCAGUCCAAGCCCUGGUCCAUGCCAGGCUCCCAGAGGGGUCUGGGUGCACAGGGAGCUAGGCAUGGUGUCUGCCCUCCAGGAGCCCCCCAGCCCAGCCAGGUCCCUGGGAGGGGUAGGUGUGCUCGUGGCAAAGGCCCCUUGUCUUCAGCGAGACCUCCAGGAGCUGGUGGGAGACGCGAAGGCUCAGGGAAAGCAGGGUCUGUGUGGCUCUGCGUGUCACAGCAGCCUCCGUGUCACUCUACCAUGGCCAAGGGGUGUGACCUUGGGCAAGUUGCCUGAACUCUCUGUGCCUCCUCUCAUCAUCUAUGAAAUGGGCAGAUCAUUCAACCCCACCUUUUCAUGAGGUAGGAACUUUUAUUCCUCCCAUUUUAUAGAUGAGAAAACUGAGGCUCAGAGAGGUGCUUUACCUAGGAACACAUAGCUAAUGUCUGACUCCAAAACUCACACUCAGUGAUUAACAGGAGAUGUCCAAUCAGCGUACUCUGGGGACAGAAGGGGCCUACCCGA